AAAAGAAAGCAAAUCAAUUUGUGAUAAUAUAAUUACAAUCAAGAGGUUUUCUUCUGUAGAAUAUCUAUCUAUCAUAUACAAAAAUGGAGGAGGAGCUUACGCUUGGGUUUCGCUUCUAUCCCACGGAAGAUGAACUGAUUUCGUUCUACCUACGAAACCAGCUCGAAGGAAGAAGUGAUGACUCCAUGCACCGUGUCAUUCCCGUUCUGGACGUCUUUGAGGUCGAGCCAAGUCAUCUUCCAAAUGUUGCGGGAGAGAGAUGUCGAGGGGAUGCUGAACAAUGGUUCUUCUUUGUGCCAAGACAAGAACGUGAAGCAAGAGGAGGCAGACCGAGCAGAACCACUGGUUCAGGAUAUUGGAAAGCGACUGGAUCACCUGGUCCAGUAUUUUCCAAAGAUAACCGAAUGAUUGGAGUCAAGAAAACUAUGGUUUUCUACACUGGCAAAGCACCAACAGGAAGAAAAACAAAAUGGAAGAUGAAUGAGUACAAAGCCGUGGACGAAACAGUCAACGUGUCCACAAUCCCCAAGUUGAGACAUGAAUUCAGUUUAUGUCGUGUAUACAUAACAUCAGGAAGCUCAAGAGCUUUUGAUAGACGCCCUGUGGGAGUUUUUCAGACAGAGAGAAUGCUUACAAGUGAUGUUGCAGUUGCGGAGACAUCAUUUCGUGUGGAAAGCUCACCAGAAACUUCGAUUUCAGGAGGAGAACAUGUUGAUCUCUUUGUGAGUACAGAGAUGGUUGGUGGUUUAACAGAACCAAUCUGGGAAUGGGAACAGCUGAAUUGGCCUUGAAGCUAGAUUCAUAAUCAAGAAAACUUGAAGUUACUAUUUUAAUUAGUUGAAUUUAUGACCAGAAAAUUUUCUUUUUGUUUUCCUUGUAACAUUGAACUUUGAGCAAGAAUAAAUGACAAAAGGUGAUAUUAAUUAUAAGAUGUAUUUUUAAAUUAUAUUUUUUGUUAACUUUCAUUUGGUGUCGUUUUGUAGAGAAUGUGAG